GUAUUACUAUGUGGCAUGUGCAGGCCUGUAUUAUGUGCACAGAGGUACUACAAAACCACCAAUAGUUACUACUAACCCUGCAUGCCUUUGUGCUCUCUAGCCCCUCCUCUUCUUCAUCCCUUAAUUUAGACAACUUCAGUUCAGCUGUUCAGCUUUCACCAUGACCACCCAAGUAAUCUCUUGCUCCUAAAAUAAGCAAGAUUGUUGCAGGCGAUCAAGUGAAUAUGGUCACCGCAACCGCAUCUUCUGUCGUCACGACCAAGCCACUGACCAAAGAAGAUCUAAUUGCCUAUUUUGCUUCUGGUUGCAAACCAAAGGAAAUGUGGAGAAUAGGUACAGAACACGAGAAAAUUGGUUUCGAGGUCAAGACCUUGCGCCCUAUAAAAUUUGAACAAAUAACUGCACUGCUUAAUGGUAUAGCUGAGAGAUAUGAUUGGGAUAAGGUGAUGGAGAAUGAAAGAACCAUUGGUCUGACACAGGGAACGAAAAGCAUAUCACUAGAACCAGGAGGCCAACUAGAGCUAAGUGGAGCACCUCUAGAGACUUUGCACCAAACUUGUGAUGAGCUCCAUUCACAUCUACACCAGGUGAAAAAUGUUGCUGAAGAAUUGGACAUUGGUUUCUUAGGAAUUGGCUAUGAACCCAAAUCUAGUCUCGAGGAUGUAACUCUUGUGCCCAAGAAAAGGUUUGACUUUGUAAACGACCACUUAGCCAGAGCUAGCUUAUCAGGACCUGACGUGUUUUUGAGAACGUGUACUGUUCAGGUCAAUUUAGACUAUAGCUCAGAAACCGAUAUGAUCAGGAAGUUCCGGGCUAGUCUAGCUUUGCAACAUGUCGUGACUGCCAUGUUCGCAAAUUCCCCUUUCAGUAAUGGAAAACCAAAUGGGUUUUUAAGCGUGAGGAGUCACACAUAUAUAGAUUCCGUUAAAAACCGCACAGGGAUGCUACCUUUUGUUUUCGAUGACUCAUUCGGGUUUGAGCGGUAUGUCGAAUACGCACUUGAUCUUCCAAUGUUGUUCUUAAUUCGAAACAAAAUCUAUCUCAACUGUGGAGGAAUGACAUUUCGGGAUUUCUUGUCCGGGAAAAUUUCUCAUCUCUCUAAUGAACAACCUACCAUUGACGACUGGGAAACUCAUAUAGGAACAAUAUGGCCAGAUGUCCGGUUAAAGAAAUACUUGGAGAUGAGAGGUGCUGAUGGAGGUCCCCUGGGGAUGUUAUGUGCCCUACCAGCUUUUUGGGUGGGUUUGCUAUACGAUGAAGACUCUCUCCAAACUACUCUCAAUAUGAUAGAUGAUUGGACUCCUGAAGAAAUAGAGAUGCUUAGGAGACAAGUUCCAAUCACUGGCCUAAAGACAAUGUUUAGAGAUAUGCCUUUGAAACAUGUCGCAGAAGAUAUCCUAAAGCUAGCAAAGGAUGGUUUGGACCGUAGAGGGUACAAUGAAACCGGUUUCUUGAACGCUGUAGCCGCGGUGGUUAGAACAGGGGUUACGCCUGCAGAGAAGCUCUUGGAGUUGUACAAUGGAGAUUGGGGAAAAAACAUAGAUCAUGUGUUCCGGGGACUGCAGUACUAGAAAAUGAACUAUGACCACAAUAGCGAUGAAAGGACGUUCAAAAGCUCAAUUGGAGUCGAUAGUUAAUUAAUUAUUUAAUAAUAUAAAUAAACUCUCAUGUCAUUUGAAAAAUAAACUUUUCGUUGGUGGGUGAGGCCGGGGAAAUGGUAAUUUCGGUGGAAUAAAAUAUUGUUGUAAUUCAUGGAAAAAUAUUAUUGUGAAUCUUGUGAUUGUUGGUAAAGAAACAUUGUUGUACUUUAAUCAAUUUA